ACAUAUAAAAGAGGACCUUCGUUGAGAAAGCCCUUUCAAGAUUUGGUGGAUCAUUCAAGAAACACACACAUCUUCGAAUUUUUCUUCAAAGUAAAGAAAAUAGCAAAAAAAAUAUAGAAUGAAGAAGACAAUGGAGGAUCCAAGCAAGCUCAUGAGAAGAUCAAUCCACACUUUCCUCAAAAACUACCACCGAGUCACCACCGCAGCCGCUGUGGCUCUCCCUUUCUCAGCCGGUCUUCUCCUCUCUCAGCCUUUCUUCUCCUCUUCCUCUUCCAUCCUCCACGCGAGGCUUAACACGCUCUUUCGUGGGGCAGGUUUCUCAUCUUCUCUUGAUUUCUUCAACAUCUUGAGCCUCAAACUCUCACAAACCUUUUCUUCAUCUUUAUUCACUCUCCCUUUCUCCCUCACUUUCUUCCUCUUCUCCAAAGCUUACGUUAUCAAACUUCUAUCAAACAAUCACUCUGCUGAUGAUUCCUCUGUUUAUUACUUUCGUCUUCUCAAAACUUACAUUUGUAGCUUCUUCUUCCUUAUCUCUGCAAACGCCUCUGCUUUUGCUCUGUUCUUCUUAGCAUUCAAUACCCUUGAAGCCUUUGGAUUCUCUUCUAGAAACUUUUACACUUUCCUCUCCGUAUCCUCAGCUAUCAUAUACUCAAUCAUCAUCGCAAACGCCUUUGUAAUCUCCAAUUUGGCCUUGGUCUCGUCACCUUCUUCUUCCUCAGGAGGAUACACAAACAUUCUCAAGGCGUGUCUUCUGAUUCGAAAAAGAACUUCACCAGCAUUGGCUCUUGCUCUGCCUACCAAUCUCGGCUUAGCAGGGAUCGAAGCCUUGUUUCAGUACCGUGUCGUGAAAUCUUAUUACAACGGAGACAGAGAUAUCACAUCAAUAGCUCUUGAAGGAACUUUCAUAGCUUACUUAUACGCACUCUUCUUGGUUCUUGACACCAUAGUCAACUUCUUCUUCUACCAGAGCUGCGUCAAGAACGAGGAGGAUCAAAAGAUCGGUAGAGAAGACGAGUACUCGAUCAAGAUCCAAAUCAGAGAGAACACGAAGAUACACGUCAAAGGAUCAAAGGGUUUACAGACAAUCUUGUGACUGUCUGUUUUGGUUGAAUGUAAUUAUUGAUUGAUUAAGAAGAAGAAAAAAAAAAGUGAAAAACUUUAUGAGAUUGUUGAUUCUUUAAGGAUAAUCUUAAGUAGCUUUCACUUCAAAGAAGGGCAAAGGUAAACAGUAAAGAAACAAUCAGAGGAUCUGCAACAAAAAAAAAACUCUCUGUUUCUGCUUUUCUUUAUUAUAGUCCUUUUGUUCCUCUUUUACUUGUAAUUUUUUCCACAUUGUAAAGUCAAAUAUACCAGAAAUUUCAAUUAAUGCAAAAUCUUUCACAUUUGGUUAA